GACAUAUGGUGCCGACCUGUAGGACAUUGGCCAUAUGAAGUCUGCAGAAGUCAGUUAAGAAACAGGAAUUUGCUGGCAGUAUCGGUGGAGGACUCGAACAUGCCAGUGAGGCUGUGGGCCGUGGACGAGCUCUCACCUAGAAAACAACUAGUGGAAUUUCGUUUGCUCCUUAAAAGCCGAAAAGGAUUUGAAAAAUGGGUGAUAGCGUCAGAGGACAGUGAUGAAGAAGCAGACGACAUUUAUGGUUCUGCAAGAGUGGCGUCGGAAGCAAUGUCUCAGCAAGUCUCAGGUUCCUAUCAUGAUGAAACUGAUGUUACUAUGGUAAAGAAUUCCAACGGCCGAAGACACCGCCACGUGCUGAACUUGAAAACACCGUUAUUAGAACUGCGUUCUUGGAAACGGAGAGAUCGGAGAUGUCAGAUCUUGGCUCGAGGCGAAAAAGAGCUGUAUCUCUGUGAUACGGAUGAAGGUGUUGCAUGGACACUGUUCACGGAUCCGGUGCUUUCUCUCUCUGUAGUACCGCACAUGGACGAUGAAAUUGUAUUUCUUGAUGCUGCUAAUCAAAUAUGGUACGGAAAAGUUGGAGAAAACUUCAAUCGAGUCAAAUGCGGCCAUGCCAUUGAGACCUUCUCACUGUAUCGUCAUUCGAAUUCAUCUCACUGGUCAUCGCUGGCAGCGAUUAGACGGCUGAAAGAACCGCGUGACAUGGCUACAUUCUACAGAGAGCAUCCCAAGUAUGAAGUAAAGAUUUCACGGGAGGCAGAAAGGCGAUUGUUUGGAAAAGGUCCAACUCGAGCCAUUUGUUGUUUGAAUACGGAUGGGAUCAGGAGCAAAUAUAGAUCAUAUUUGUUUCGAAUGAUGGAUGACGGUAGCUUGUGGUAUGAAGCGGUGAGCGUGGAGGAUGACCAGGAGAUGCAAGAGAAAAUGCUGUGGCGGCAAGCGAAGGAACUGAAACUUAUGCUUCACAAACGCAGUUCUUACGAGCAACGGUUAGUAUACAAAACAGUUUUUUUCAAUACUCUUUUGCAUUUCAGCAAAUAGUG